AUGGACAUCUGUGUCUGGCAGCACAACAAGUUUGAGGGCAAGUGGGUCAAAAAGGCCGACGCCCACGGUAGCACGUCGGACGAGUGCGCGCAGCUGCUGCAGUUCCGGCCCGACGUGGCCAACGCCCCGGGUCUGCCUUGCGUUUGUCGACUUGGCCGGGUCCGAGCACGCCGGCCGCGUCACGGCCAGAAGACGGACAAUGAGCAGCAAGAGUACCAAGAAAUGAACCAAGCACCAUAG